AUGCUAUCUCGGGCAUCCGAUGCCGGGGCCUUAGCGCAAGGCCAGCUCCCCUGGCUCGCUGUCAUCCCCCCUGAGAUUCUGUCGCUGAUUCUAUCGUCUCUUUCCAAUCGGGAUCGAAAGUCUCUGCGACUGACAUAUAAAGUGUUUGAGGAGAUCACGCCGUUAUGUCUCUCGCGUUUCGUCAGCAAGUCACAGAUAAUCUGGGACGAUGCGCGCUUUAUUACAACACCGGCCCUCUCAGAAGACGAAUGGUUCGAUAUGAUAGAGUGUGGAAUUCAAACCCCAAAACCUCGACCCCCAAAGAUUGACCCUGAAUAUAAUUGCCCCCGUUGGUUCGUAAAAGGGUAUAAGGAGAACAUCGAUUUUAUAGGGCAGCGAAAGAACUUCGACCGGGAUCUCCCCCACCACAUCGCACGGCAGAAACAAGUUGAUGCAUAG